AGUCGGGCCAUAUAAAGAGAAAGAGAACACAAACCAGGCUCUAUCUUUCUCCUCUAUCAGACCUCACCGACGACCCUUUGCUUCCCCUCCCUCACACUAACCUUCAGUGUGUAGAAACUUUUUGCUCUAACACAGUCCCAGCACCAACUGAGACCAAAGAGGAUGGCUACAUCCACGUGGAGAAUGAAUGGACUCUACAGAAAGAUGACUCAACCUCUGUUUCUCUGCACUCUGGUCCUUAGCAGUGUAGUGAUAUGUCAAGACCAAACCACCGCCUCUACCAAAACACCGAGUGUCAGUAACGAGACAAACGAAACCUCCAUUGAUUCCCUGAUUACUUCAAUAACCAAAAGUUUGGCUUCCGGUAACGACAGUGAGCUUUGGUUGCUCACGGUAGAACCGCGAAUGGAUGAAGAAAACUCCAGCAAUGAUAAUACAAUGGUGGGAAGCACUAAAAGUCCAUCACCAUCAUUGCAUUCAUCAUCAUCGUCGUCGUCGUCGUCGUCGUCAUCGUCGUCGUCAUCAUCAACUUCCUCUGUGUUUGUGGGACUACUUGUCAGUGGUCUGCUUGCUGCCCUUGGAAUCAUUGUAGGUUAUUGCUAUUGCCAACGCAGGACUGACACCAAGGCAGUGAAGCUGACAGAUGCGACCUAUCCAGCAGAUCAGGAGAACCAGGGGAGCACUCUUGCUUCUGUAGCUCCCCUCAUCCCCACUCCCGAGACCCAGGAGAAACCCAGCGUAAAUGGAGAGUCCCCCGAGGCAGCAAAGACCCAACCUCCUCCACCUACCAACGGCCACUCCACCACCAAGACAGCAGACACUGAGCUGUGAAAUAGUCCAAAAUGAAUUGAAUCCCAGGAACUACCCAUCUAUACACACAGACACGUCUGAUGAAAACACAUCUUUUCAGAAUUCACUCCUGCCUAAUCACACAGAGGCCACAGAAAUGUGGACUUUAGGGACUACAGCAAUCCUUACAUAAACACUCCUGUUGUUAUAUGGUCCUGUUACCUGCUCUUUUAGCUACGUGCCUCAAAAAAAAUCAGGAAAACUAGUCUGAUGAUGACAAUAAUGGUAGAGAUGAAUGAUGCUGAUUAAUCACGACGAAGACUCGGUUCCUGGGUUUUGAUGGCAGUCAGGAAGGAGAAGAAAGACAGGAGAUGGGCAGUUCUGGGUGUGAAAAGACUAUAAUGUUAGUAUUAACCACAGCUUGCUACCAUGAUGACUGCAGCCUCUGGAGUCACAGCAAUGUGCUGUCCACUUCAGCAGAGGCUCUGCCUGUCAUCUGGUUUAAUGCUCCAGCCAAUCAUCCAACUGAAAACACAACUAAAGCACCUAAACAACACGUGUCCUUACAUUAAUGUAAGACCAUAACAGACAGACAGGAACUAACUUACACUGCCUUGAAAUCUGUUUACAAGAAUACAUCUUGUAUUCUUAACGUGCGUAGGUGGUUGAAAGUGUGUGUGUGUGUGUGUGUGUGUGUGGGUGUACUAUGACAUUUUGCAUGAGUGUAUUAACUUGCAUCUGUACUGUGCAUUGACUGUAUAUAUCCAUACAUGCAUCUACACUUAUCCUCCUUAUUGUACUGUAUGUACAUAUGUGUGCUUCAUGAUCAUUUUGAUCAGUCAUGUCAGUGAUUGAUAAAUCUUAACCGCAUGCGACAGCCAUGAAAAAUGUAGAAAUUUGUAAAAUUAUGAUAAAUCUUAACCGCAUGCAACAGCCAUGAAAAAUGUAGAAAUUUGUAAAAGGAUGGCUAACCAAGUUGUGGACAAUCACCAUGGUGAAGCAAAACGAGUAUUGACGUUUAAGUCACACCGUGGCAUUAAUCACGAAGCCAAAAGGCCUCUUUACUCACUGUUUGACCAACAAACUCACAAGGACUUUAGACACAGAGCCUCCUUAUGUCACCUCUGCCCAUCUAUUUGUUAGUAUUAUUCUCUGUCCAGUACUGUAUAUACUUGUUUUUAUUCUGUGUAUCCAUACUUGUAUUGCUCAUUCUAUGUGCCAAGAUUUUCAUUUUAUAACUUUUAUUGUGUUUAUAUACUUCUCCCAUCAUCAUGAUAUUUUAUCUAGGUUAUAUGACAAAGAAAUAUAUUUAGAAAUGAAUCAAGUUCAGCAUCUAAUGGUCCAAAUAUGCCUUUUUUAAUCCUAUAAAUACAGGUAACAUCAGUUUUCCCUGACAUGCCUAAUAACAAUAACAAUAAUGAUAAUAACUUUGAAAACUUUGAUAUCAAACUGGAAUGUCCUGCAUUCAUUGUUCUUUUGAUCCAUCUUGUAUCGUACCAUUAUCACAUCAAUAUUUCAGUGUGACUAUUUAAUUUCACUAGCACUCUGUAGUUAAAAUGGGAUUUAACAUGAAAAAAAAAACCUAAAUAAAUAACAUUGUAUAUGUUU